UAGAUAUCUAUAUAUAUCUAACGACUUUUUACUCUUUUUUCAUCCAUAGCCAAAUGCGUCUUGAAGAAAAUUCUUGCUCCUCUGCAACUGCAACUGCAAGUAUGUGAGCUCUGUUUCUUCUACUCAGAACUCAAGGUUUUAUGUAUGUAUUGCGAUUGUAGUUUUAGUGAAGGUGUUGGCGAUGGGAAAAGGUAGAGUUAGGGCAGUGGAGAAGAGAGUAUUGGAUCAGAAACUUAGUCUAUCGCCGUCGAAUGGGUCGCUGAAUUUGCCGUCUGGCCCGGUUUACUAUCCCACUGAAGAGGAAUUCAAGGAGCCAUUAGAUUAUAUAGACAAGAUCAGACCAGAAGCUGAGUUGUAUGGGAUUUGCAAAAUUGUUCCGCCAGAGAGUUGGAAGCCUCCGUUUGCGUUGAACUUGGAAUCUUUUAGGUUCCCUACGAAAACCCAAGAGAUUCAUCGUUUGCAGGCUCGUCCUGCUUCAUGUGAUCCGAAGACAUUUGAGUUGGAGUAUAAUAGAUUUUUGGAAGAGCAUUUAGGUAAGAAGCUCAAGAAGAAGGUGAUUUUCGUCGGAGAGGAGUUGGAUUUGUGUAAGCUGUUCAAUGCUGUGAAGAGGUUUGGAGGUUAUGAUAAGGUUAUCAAAGGGAAAAAGUGGGCUAAAGUUUUCCAAUUCCUGGGUUCUGGGGAAAAGAUUUCGGAGUGUGCUAAGCAUGUUCUAUGUCGGUUGUACAAAGAGCAUUUGUACGAGUAUGAGAAUUAUCACAACCGAUUGGACAAAGAUGCUGUGAAGGGCUGCAAAAAGGGAGUGCAUGGUGCUGAGAGGGUUCGGCAUGGAUUUGAGUUUCCUAUCUCAAAGAGGAAUAAAAAAAAUGGUGAUGUAGAAAAAGUGAAGCUCUGUAAGUCAGAAGUUGAAGAGGACCUUGAUCAAGCAUGUGAACAAUGUAAAAGUGGAUUGCAUGGGGAUCUAAUGCUCUUGUGUGAUAGGUGUAACAAGGGUUGGCAUAUUUAUUGUCUCUCACCACCACUGAAUCAAAUUCCACCUGGGAAUUGGUAUUGCCUCGAGUGCUUAAACUCAGAUGAAGACAGUUUUGGGUUUGUGCCUGGUAAAUGCUUACUGCUCAAAGAUUUUAAGCGCAUUGCUGAUCGUGCCAAAAGGAAGUGGUUUGGUUCAGGGUCUGUGUCCAGGAUGCAGAUAGAGAAGAAGUUUUGGGAGAUAGUAGAUGGGUCAGCUAAUGAGGUGAAAGUUUUGUAUGGUAAUGACUUGGAUACUUCUCUUUAUGGAAGUGGUUUUCCUCGUAACAAUGACCAAAAACCUGAGACAGUUGAGGCAGAGAUAUGGAAUGAAUACUGUGGAAGCCCCUGGAAUCUUAAUAACUUGCCUAAGUCAAAAGGAUCAAUGCUUCAGGCAAUUCAUUCUAAUAUCAAUGGUGUCACUGUGCCUUGGUUGUACGUUGGAAUGCUCUUCUCUUCUUUUUGUUGGCAUUUUGAGGAUCAUUGCUUUUACUCUGUGAAUUACCUACACUGGGGAGAAGCAAAAUGUUGGUACAGUGUCCCAGGCAAUGAAGCUAGUGCAUUUGAAAAGGUCAUGCGGAAAACCCUUCCCGAUCUUUUUGACGCUCAGCCAGACCUGCUAUUUCAGUUGGUUACCUUGUUGAGUCCGACUGUUUUGCAAGAAAAUAGAGUUCCAGUAUACACUGUACUACAGGAGCCUGGAAAUUUCGUCAUCACAUUCCCAAGAUCCUAUCAUGCAGGAUUCAAUUUUGGUUUAAAUUGCGCAGAGGCUGUCAAUUUUGCCCCUGCUGAUUGGUUACCUCAUGGUGGGUUUGGGGCGGAGCUGUAUAAGCUGUACCGGAAAGUUGCAGUUAUAUCUCAUGAGGAGCUUCUAUGUGUGGUAGCUAAGCAAGGCGAUUAUAAUAUCAAAGUGUCAACACAUUUGAAGAAAGAAUUGCUGAGAAUGUAUACCAAGGAGAAAAACUGGAGAGAGCGGCUCCAGAGAAGUGGUAUUUUGAGAUCUUCUCCCAUGUCUCCUCGCAAAUGUCCUGAAUAUGUGGGCACUGAAGAGGAUCCAACAUGCAUCAUCUGCAAGCAGCUUCUUCAUCUUUCUGCAGUCAUCUGCUGUUGCAGGCCAUCUGCUUCUGCAUGCUUGGAGCACUGGAAGCACCUUUGUGAAUGUGAACCAAGGAAGUUGCGUCUUGUCUAUCGUUAUACCCUAGCACAAUUGCAUGGGCUGGUCCAAGCAGUUGGAAAAUCUGGCUUGGAAACACAAGAAGGUAAUAAGAAAAAUUCGCAGGAGCAGAAUCCAGGUGCCAAUCGAUCAGUUGCUUUCAACAAAAAGGCGGAACAGGGACAUCGUACACAGGGACAACUAGCUGAAGAGUGGCUUGUUCGAGCUUGUAAGGUUCUCCAAGAUGCCUUUUCUAGUGUUGAAUUUGCUACCCUGUUGGAGGAAGCUGAACAAUUUCUUUGGGCUGGAUCAGAGAUGGACCGUGUACGAGAUGUUGCAAAAAGUUUGAUGGAAGCAAAGGAAUGGGCUGAAGCUGUUACAGACUGUCUUUCAAAAAUUGAAUACAGACUCCACCAUGAUUCAGAGAAAAUGCUAUUGGAGUAUGUUGAUGAGUUACUGGGCGUUAAUCCUACUCCUUGCAUUCAUCCUUGUCAUCUUAAAUUAAAGGAUUAUGCAGAAGAGGCCAGAAAAAUAUCUCAGGAAAUCGAUUUUACUCUGUCAACUUGUCCUACAAUCUUCCAGCUGGAAUUAUUGCAUUCAAAAGUCUCCAGUUCACCAAUCUAUCAAAGAAAAUGCGAGAUCUUGUCGCAUAAAAUCUCAUUCUCCAAGAUGUGUGUUGAGAGGGCAAGAAAAUACCUCACAAAUACGCAACCAGCAGGAAUUGAAUUGGAUGCUCUUUACAAGUUGAAGUCAGAGAUAUUGGAGCUUCAGGUUCAACUUCCAGAAACAACACUGCUGCUGGAUUUGCUAAGGGAAGCAGAAUCAGUCCGUGCUAAAUGCAGCAAAAUUUUGUGUAGUUCUAUUUCUCUCAAGAGUGUGGAAGAGUUACUUCAUGAAUUCAAUAGUUUUGGCGUUAACCUUCCUGAAUUAAAUAUCCUGAGGCAGUACCAUAGUGACACUGUAUCAUGGAUUUCACGCUUUAACCGUAUCAUGGUUGAUAUCCAUGAGUCUGGGGAUCAUCGAAGUGUGGUCGAUGAGCUGAGUUCUCUCGCAAAAGAUGGGGCCUACUUAAGCAUUCAAGUUGAAGAGUUAUCCCUGGUUGAGGUCGAACUGAAGAAGGCAUCUUGCAGGGAAAAGGCUAAAAAAGUUUUCUCUGCAAAAAGCUCCCUGGAUUUCAUUGAGCGGCUGAUGUCAGAUGCUGCUUUACUGCAGAUUAAGGAGGAAAAGUUAUUUGGUGAUAUUUCUGGAAUUUUGUCAACAGCGUGCUGCUGGGAGGAAAGGGCAAAAAAUAUCCUUGCUAGUGAAGCUCAGAUGUCCGACCUUGAGGAUUGCUUAAGGGCAUCUGAGGAGAUACAUGUGAUUUUACCCUCUGUGGAGGACAUAAAAAACAGAAUUUUGUUGGUGGACUCCUGGCUUCAGAAAUCUGAACCUUUUUUACCUCCUGCUUCUUCUCUGAAAUCAGCCUCUUCUUCUUUGCUUGAACUUGCUGCAUUAAAGGACAUAGUUUCUCAGUCUAGAUCACUCAAAGUUCAGCUUCAAGAGCCACAGAUUCUUGAAAGAUUGUUGGUUAAUUGUGAGAAAUGGCAGUGUGAUACUUGUCAACUAUUGCAAGAGACAGCACAUUUGCUGCACAAAGCGAAAUUAGAUGAUGUCAUACAUAAUACGAUCCUUCCAGAAAUUAAGAAUUUGAUCAGCAGAUUGGAGUCUGCUGAGAAGUCUGGUAUGGAUCUUGGUUUCAACUUUGAUGAACUUCCCAAACUUCAAACCGCUUGCUCAAAACUGGGAUGGUGUUGUAAGACCAUCUCUUUAAGCUGUGGCACCCCUUUCUUUGAGGAAGUUGAGAGUUUGCUCGAGGCAGAAGAAAAGCUGACAUGUCCUUCCAGUUCUCUGUGGAGCUUCUUAGUUGAAGGUAUCAAGUGGCUCAAGAGAGCAUUAGAAGUGCUUUCUUUUCCGGAGGAUCUCAGAAGAUGCAAAUUAGGUGACGCCGAAGAGAUUCUUAAAGAUUCUAAGGGCACAGACAUCUUAUACCAUGCCACAGUUGGGCAGCUUCAAAGUGCUAUCUGCAAACACAAAUUAUGGCAAGACGAUGUACAUCAAUUUUUCAACCUGAAGCCUGAGCAGCGAUCUUGGUCUCGCUUGCUGCAACUUAAUGAACUUGGGAAACUCGAGGCUUUUGACUGUUCUGAACGAGAUUUGGUUUUGUCUGAAGUUGGAAAAUUGGAAAUAUGGAAACAAAGUUGCCUGCAUAGCUUGGGAAGAUUUGGUGAUGAAGCCAUUCCGUUACUUGGCUGUCUGCAGAAGGUUAAACAACAUGUAGAUAUAUCUUUAUGCUUGUAUCAAAAGUCGGAUUAUCGGGAGAAGUCAACUCUAUGUUUUUUCUGUGUUCAUCCUCUUCAUGAUCAGUCACUUCUGACUUGUUCGGUAUGCAAGGACUGCUACCAUGUCGAAUGCCUUAGAGGAAAUGAAGUCGACAGAACUGAAACAGAAAAUAUAUGCUUGUAUUGUAAUUUUUUCGUGAGCGGAACAGUACCUCAACAUGGAGGCAACCCCUGGAAAUUUGAAGGGCAGCAUCCUAAUGUACCAGCAUUGAUUGAGUUGCUGUCAGAUGCUGAACAUUUAUGUACAAGGAUUGAAGAGACACAAGUAUUACGAGAAAUUGUUGAUCAAGCUGCUGCAUGUAAUUCAUGUUUGAGAGAAAUGUUGGACUUUGCGGUCAAUUAUUUGGACAGAAAUGUGGACGAAGCCUCAAAGACAUUGACUAUUGCAUUAAAGGCAACCAACAUUAUAAGCGUCCACAGUCGGGAAACCAACAUUGAAUUGGAGCUAGCCUUGAAAAGGAACUUGUGGAAAUUUAGAGUCAAUAAAUUACUAGAAGAUCUGGGGAAGCCCACAUUACAACAAAUUCAGCAGCAUUUGAAAGAGGGACAAGUAUUGAAAAUACCACCUGAAGAGUACUUCAGACAGAGACUCGCUGAGUUAAAGGCCACGGGACAGAAUUGGGCAGAACGUGCUAAAAAAGUGGCAACAGACUCCGGGGCUCUUGCUUUGGAAAGAGUUUUUGAGCUUAUUGCCGAGGGCGAAAAUCUCCCUGUCCAUAUGAAGAAAGAGAUCAAGUCACUACGAGCUCGAAGUAUGUUACAUUGCAUUUGUCGAAAGCCCUAUGACUCGAGAUCUAUGAUAGCUUGUGAUCAGUGUGGCGAAUGGUACCACACCUACUGUGUCAAACUACAAUCCCGGCCGAAGACAUAUGAAUGCCCUGCUUGCCUUCCGCUUACCGAGCAAAGAGAGAUGAAUAUGACAUCGGUGGAGCCAAAAACCCCUUCACGGUGGCAGACAAUAUCGGGUAAGAGGCGGUCUGGGACAAGCAUUGGGAAGAAGAUGGUCACAGACAUUACAGAGUGGAAACACAGGAAACGCAUCAAACGAGAAGCCAAACCAAGUCCUCAGGUUCAUCUUCUCCCCAGGUUCUUCUCUGAAAUCUAAUAAUACCAAAUCAUGAGGCCAUAGUUUGAAUAAUUGUCGACCAUUUAAAUUAAUUCAUUUUUAGUCUGUAGCUUGGGUACUAUCAUCUCUCUGGUAUAAGGUUUGGGAGAAACGAACUUUGGAUGUAGUGAAUGGUACUGUUUGCUAUGAUUCAACUGAUCUCACCACACUAAUGGAUACAUACAUUCAUGAUCAA